AUGACGAUAGCAAACCAGGAAAGAGACUUCAAAGGUAUACUCGAAAAGAUAGAAAGUACCCUGCAGGAUCAGCAGACCAAGGUACAGGAAACCCUUUUCAGAAUUUACACAAAAGUAUUUAACCUGACCAACUUCGAGAGGAUUGGCUCGCGGUACUUUUAUAUAGAGAACUAUGGUGUUAAAGAUUGGACCGCUGCUGAAGAAAGCUGUCGGCAGAUGGGAGCCCAAUUAGCGACCUUUAAAAACCAAGAGGAAUUUGACGCCAUUAACCUGAAAAUCAGAAAUAACUUCUGGUUCUGGGUGGGCAUUAACAAAAAAUCUGAGGAUGACAAAUACGUGGCCUUUAACAACCCAGAUCCCUUUUUACGUUGGGCAAAGAGAGAACCCAAUAACUUGGAGUCCCUUGAGAGCUGCGUUGCGAUAGCGUGGAGUAAAAUGUUCGAUCUGAGAUGUGAUCAGAAAGCUGGUUUUAUUUGCGUAGCAAACGACUCAUUUUAA